AUGGCGAUAACGCAUCAAGUACUCACCUCACCUGUAUCGGGAACGAAAGUAUAUCCUGUCCGAGAAUAUUCGGAUGAACAGAAAGACAUGAUCAAGGCCUUGCGAGAGUACGCUGACACCUUACUUCUUCCCGAGUCUGAUCCAUACCACGCAUGGGAGCUGCGGUGGUUGGACAAGCCAGACACAAUACCCCGGUACAUUCGUGCGGCCAAAUGGAAAUUUGAAGAUGGCAAAAAGCGUAUUAAGAGCACGAUGGAAUGGCGAAGAGACUAUAAGCCUGACCUCAUCCCACCAGACGAGGUGAAGAUUGAAUGCGAGACUGGCAAGAUUAUUUUGAACGGCUUUGAUAAAGAUGGACGCCCUAUACUUUACCUGCGACCCGGUCGCGAAAAUACAGCAACAAGUCCACGUCAACUCAGACAUCUCGUCUGGUGUCUGGAGAGAGCCAAGGACUUUAUGCCUCCAGGUCAAGACUCUCUGGUCAUAAUCGUAGACUAUAAGAGUACAACUUUGCGGACUAACCCUUCCAUCUCCGUUGCAAGCAAGGUACUCACUAUAUUGCAGCAACAUUACGUAGAAACUUUAGGCAGAGCGCUCGUUGUGAAUCUCCCUGUGAUUCUCAGCUUUUUCUACACCGGCAUCUCGCCGUUCCUGGACCCUCUCACGAGAGAUAAGAUGCGUUUCAACCCUGAUUUGCUGGAACUCAUUCCCAAAGAACAACUGGAUGCUGACUUUGGAGGUGACUUCGAAUAUGAGUUCGAGCCAGAAAGUUACUGGGAACAGAUUGUCUCGUUCUGUGGGAUAGCUCCUGAUGGAACCAGAGUACAUAAUCCCGUUUCUGCUUCCGCUCCGUCAGUACAAGAACAGCCCGUUGACGCUGGGAAGCAUUACAGGCGCUCGGUGGAAACUCAGUUCAAAAGACGGGUCUCGACAGACGUCGUCGAAGCCAUUCCUAAUGAGGAGGUCGCAGGUACGCUUAUUCUCUGCACUCAGCUCAACUUCGCCAUGGAUUUCGUGGAAAUGGAAUCGUUGGUAUCGCUCAUAUCGACCUCUAUUGCUCAGUUAAAAGACAGGGCGAAUACAGCAUCAUCACCCGAAAAUGCGACCAGGGCCGAAUUCCUUCGUCCCUCUUUGCAGAUCGUCGCUGCGGCAUCGCAGUUGAUUGCGCUGGUCCGUACACCUGAGCGCUAUUUGAUGGAUGUAGCAAAUGGACACGUGUUGUCUGAAUGUCUGCGAACCACCGUUGACGUGAAUGUACCAGAGAUCAUACGGGAAUUCGGGAAGGGACCACAGAGAACUCUGCAUGUCACGGAAAUCGGUGCUGUCAACCACGUUAAUCCUUCCAAACUAGGAAGGGUACUUCGUCUUCUUUCGACUCAUCAUAUUUUUGAAGAAGUGUCUCCCAAUGUCUUCGCGAACAACCAUAUUUCCAUCGCAUUGGACACAGGCAAAUCUUUAUCGGAGCUUGAAGCACAGCCGGCUGAGAAAUACGAUGGAACCAAUGGCGUUGCUGCCAUCGUCGGUCUUCUUACAGAUGACGCCUUACAGAAUGCCACUUAUCUAAGCGAUACACUCAGAGACCCUGCUACUACUGAUUCUUUCGACGCAUACGAUGCCCCGUUUUCGCGCGCUUGGGCCAAGGGUGCCCAUCUCAAUAUGUUCGAAUGGCUCAACUUGCCUGAUAACGUGUCCCGUCGUAAGCGCUAUCAGAUGGCAAUGAAUGGUCUAAACAAGAUGACGCCUCCAGACUCCAUCCUUCGGGGUUUCGACUGGACCAGUCUUCCCGAAGGGAGUAUUGUCAUUGACUGUGGAGGUGGUAUCGGCUCGGCUUCUCUUCCCGUUAUCAAAGCAUGUCGCCAAGUUCGUUUGAUCAUUCAGGAUACAGAGAAGGUUAUUGUAGAAGCUCCAGCAUUUUGGCAAACUGUUCUCCCCGGCGCUGUUGCGGAGGGUCGUGUGUCGUUCCAAGCACAUAAUCUAUUCUACCCUCAGCCUCCCAAUAACAGCGAGGCUGCUGUUUUCUUACUGCGGAUGAUACUGCACGGGUGGCCUGACACCGAGUGCAUCCGGAUACUCAACCAUAUCCGUGACUGUAUCGGAGAAAGUAUGGAAGCUCGUGUUCUCAUCGUGGACAACAUCAUGCUAUACGCGUCUCGCGAUGCUGCUACGGUUGAACCGGACUUACUUGCACCUGAACCUUUACUGGCAAAUUGGGGCACUGCCAAUCUGCAUUCCUAUACACAAGAUGUACUUAUGCUAUGCAACCAUAAUGCAUCCUUGAAGUGCAUCAAGCUCAUCAAAGCUGGCUACCUCAGAUUGUCGCUGCUCCCAUAUAAUGAAGACGCUCGGCCGAUGAUGUUGGAACGCUCCAGCUUCGGACAUGUGCAUGAAGCUUCGUAUGCGCCACAGAAGUUGUCGACAGCUUCGACGACCCACUCUGAGUCCGUGCCCCAGCCAGGCACAUUCAUUCGUAGCGGACACCGGCGAUAUCUCGAGGGCGUGAUAUCUCGGGCUGUCGGGGCGAUUCCUCAGCCUUUUACCUUCAACACCCGUUUCAAGUUCGUCCAAGCAAGGUUAGCUGCGAUGGACGUCGUCAAGAUAGAAGCUUUGGUUUCUCUCCUCUCGACUUCUGUCACUCAGUUGAAAAAACACCAGGACCCUUCGAGCAACGCGGAGUUUCUUGAUCCCUCGUUGCAAAUCGUAGCUGCGGCGUCACAACUCGUUGCACUGGUUCGUACUCCCGAGCGGUACCUCUUGGAUCUAGCUUCUGGGCAUUUAUUGUGCGCGUGUCUCCGAACAGUCGUUGAGACGAACGUCCCGGAAAUCAUACGGGAGUUUGGCAAGGGCCCCCGACACUCUCUGGAUGUCAGUGAAAUCGGUGCCCUCAACCAGGUCAAUCCGUCGAAAAUAGCACGAGUUCUUCGUCUCCUUGCGACUCAUCAUGUAUUCGAGGAAGUUUCUCCAAACAUCUUUGCGAACAAUACUAUCUCAAUCGCUAUGGACACGGGCAAACUGCUCUCAGACCUUAAAGCCAAUCCGAUUGAGAAGUAUGAUGGUACUGACGGUGUUGCCGCUUUGGUUGGCCUGCUCUCUGAUGAUUCCGCGCGCAACUCUGGAUGCUUGAGCGACACGCUCAAGGACCCUGCUACUACUAAUUCCUUCGACCCUUACGAUGCUGCGUUUUCUCGUGCCUGGGUUGGCGGUGACCACCUGAAUAUGUACGACUUUCUAGACUUGCCUGAGAAUCUACCUCGUCGCAAGCGCUUUCAGAUGGCGAUGAAUGGCAUAAACAAAUUAACACCCCCUAACUCCAUUUUGCGAGGUUUCGACUGGUCGCGUCUCCCUUCAGGAAGCAUUGUCAUAGAUUGCGGAGGCGGAAUUGGCUCUGCCUCCCUCCCGAUUGUCCAAGCAAAUCCUCAGAUUCAUUUAGUCGUGCAGGACAUGGAAACGGUCGUCGCAGAAGCACAAUCAUUUUGGCAGACCGUCUUCCCAAGUGCCCUUGUCGAAGGCCGUGUGUCGUUUCAAGCACAGAAUCUGCUAUCUCCGCAGCCCUCUUCGAAUCACCAGACUGCUGUUUACCUCCUUCGGAUGGUGCUUCAUACGUGGCCUGAUGCUGGAUGCAUACAAAUCCUCGACCAUUUACGUCAAUGUAUAGGCGAUAAUAUGGCAGCGCGUGUUGUCAUCGUGGACAACGUCAUCCUCUACGCUUGUCGUGACCAGACGGUGAACGGCUACGAUGGCGGCCUAUUCGACGCAGGAGCACUCGCGCCCGAACCUCUGCUAGCCAACUGGGGGACUGCAAACUCUCACUCUUACAAGAUGGACGUGAAUAUGUUAGGCAAUCACAAUGCAUGCGAGCGCACGCUUCCUGAUUUCGCGGCCCUUUUUGCCCAGACCCGUUUCCGCAUCGUUGAGGUACACCAGGCCCACAAAAGCUGGCUGCCGCAGAUUGUUGCUGCUCCGAUAUAG